AAAAUUCCAGGUUCCAUUGGCUACCGGUAGUUUCAUUGUUUCCCUUACUUGAGCCUUCACUUGUUUUGGUCAGUGACCUUACAAAAGAAAUACCGAAAAAUUCAAAAUGGCGGCAGCAGCCCGAGGGAAGUUUGUGUGGUUAGAAACGCUUCGUAGUGCAAGGAAAACUAGCCUUGUUCAAGAUGGUCGACAAAAAGUUCAUUAUACUUUUCCUGAUGGAACAGAGAUGGUAGAGGAAUAUGAGGUAUCUUCUGGAGAACUCUUGGUGAGGAAAUGGAAAAAGAAAUCUACACUUGGUAGAGAAGGGAAAUGGGAUUAUGAGAUAGGUGAAGACCUCAGGCCCGUCAAUUUGGAUAUGGAAAAUAUCAGUGAAAGUAGAGGAAAUCCCAUGUUUACAAGAAAAGACAAUAGUAAAGCCUUUCAGUGGAGAAUAAGAAAUCUUCCGUAUCCAUUGGAAGUAUACAGUGUGACAGUUGAUGAUGACAAACACUCCAUGAUAAUAAGGACAAGCAACAAAAAAUACUAUAAAAGGUUUCAAAUUCCUGACAUGGAGAGAGCAAAAGUGGACUUGGAACAGAGUGCAAUAUCUAUAGCCCAUGCCAAUAACACACUCAUAAUCACAUACAAAAAGCCCCCUUUGAUUCUUGAACAAGAAAAGCUUAUCCGACAGGAACUAGUCAAAAUGAAAUCAAGUCGCGACGGAGAUGUGGAGUGCACACCAAGCUGACAAAAAGGUCCAUAUCUGGUUAUUGUGUUGUAACUUGCUCUCUUCAAUGUAAGAAGACGGCUAAAGAAGCAGCUGGGUGACAUCAUCAGAGUUGAAUCAAGAGUUACAAAACAAUGAAUUGUGAAAGUUGAUGUAAAUUCUUUUAACAUAAUCUGCUCUGUUUGAUAGUUAACCUGUAAAGUUGGCGAAUGGAAAUUUAUUGCGUAACAAAAA